AACUGUGGCUAUUCAUGCAGCGAAAGUUCACUAUAACGAAAGAACUUGUAAUUAAGUUUCUACAGAAGAUUAUUAAUAACAUCUCUAAAACAAUAAAGAUGCGAAAAGAAAGAUGCAUAUUUUAUUAUAUCUUGCUGUCUUUAUAUUCCAACAAAGAAGUUAUUUCAGAGUUUGCUAAAGAUAUUAAAUUUGUCACCUUUUGGGGUCAAAAUAAAGCAAAUGCUGCAUUAGAUACGGUAGAGUUACAUUUGACAAGCUUGUGCUCAACAGAUUCACCGUAUUCGACUAUUGUUGUGGGGUAUGUUAACAGAUAUGUUGAUUACACUAAUAAAGAUUUAUUACCUGGAAUGGAUUUUUCAAUACAUUGCGCAAAACGAAAGUCUUCUUUUUUAUUCUGCCCACAUAUUGGAAGAGAUAUACGUUUCUGUCAAGAACGUGCUAAAAAAAUUUUAAUUGGAAUUGGAGGUCCAGGUUCUCCUGCUAAGUUUGAAAGUGCUGAAGGAGCUGAAGAAUUUGCUAAACUUAUUUGGAAUCUAUUUCUUGGAGGCGAAGAGGCAAAUGAUUUGCGUCCAUUUGGAAACGUCAUCGUGAAUGGUAUUAAUUUUUUUAUGCAGAACAACAACCCACUACACAGCAAUGUAUUUAUUCAAACGCUUAAUUAUUUGAGAAGUAAAGAUCUAUCAAGACAGUAUUUGAUAACUAUUUCACCUUCAUGUUUGUUUCCUGACCCGUUUUUUGGACCACAAGGGAAUAAGAUACUUGACAUUUCAAAAAAGAUUAUUGAUGAAAUAUAUGUCAGAUUUACUGAAAACCAAUGCUGCAUGAAAAAUUCUCCCGGCUUUCGUGAAUCUUUGAUUAGGUGGACAAAUUUUAUUAUAAGAGCUAAUCAUCCAAAACUUUAUAUAGGUGUUCCUGCGGCAAUACAGGCUACACAAUUUCCUGGCUGUUAUCGCAAACCUCUUGAACUAACCAACGUUUAUAAGUCAUUAAAAGCUCUCGCAAAAUUCGAAGGAUUUUUAAUCAUUGAUAAUUCUUUUGAUCUCCAAAAUUUGAAUGAGGGUUUCUUAUUCAGUAAACCGUUACUAACAUUUAUUCGAGACACGCAACCUCAAUUUCAAAAUAUUGAAACUGAAAAUCAAAAAACACUAAGAUAUCCUGAAAACAACUAUGAAUCUACAACUCCAACUAAAGUAACAACUCUUAUUGACAAUGUAGCUCAAGUCAAUAAUAAUAACGAUGCAACUCAAGAUAAAUUUAAAAUGGAACCUAAAAAUCCAUAUAGUGUACAAGAAUCUGCUACAGUACUGCAAUCUGCUACAGUAUCUGAAUCAGCUUUAGACCCGGAACUUAUCGUAGAACAGGGAAACGUCACAGUGCCACAACCUGUAACAGAACCAAAACCAGUUACAGUAUUGAAUCAAGUUUCAGAAUUAGAAACAGAUUUGUUAUCUGGUGCAGUCGCCGAACCAGAAACAACUCCAAACUUAAAUACAAAUUUAGAUUCUGAACGAGUUUCCCUAUCAGAAACAAAGUUACCAAUUGAACCAUCUCUUGAAACUGUUGUGCAAACUACUUUAAUAACACCAGUUAAUAUUAUUGCUAACCCUUUACAAACGAUUUCAAAUACAAAACCUAUUAGGCUGAUUUUUGAAUCAAUAGCUCCAACGAGUUCUGUUUCGACAUCAACCUUUCAGUAUCCAACAGAACCUAUUAUUCCAAGUACUGAGAACCCAAUUGAAAGUUUAAAUGAAAUUGAUUAUAUUAACUUAGAUGAUGAUGUAUAUAAAAAUGAAGAAGAAGAAGAAGAAGAAGAAGAAGAUAAUAGUCAGGUAUUUUCAACACAAAAUUGUAUUAAGAAAUAUCCUGAUUCUAAUGUCAAUAAACAACCUGUUGAAGAUAAUUAUGAUAAGGAGCUUAAUGACGAAGAAAAACAGUCAACAAGUUUUGAUCAAAUUUUGCCUAAAGAGCCUGCAAAAUGCCCUGUAUGUAUGUUAAACUGUAAACCUAUGAAAAAACAUAAUGUCACACAAGGACUUUAUUUCUCUAACCAGUCAUCGUACAAACACUUUUUAGCAAAGUCAAACUACAGCUUAAAUAAAGGAAAAUCACUAAAAAAAGUAGAAGAAAGUGACAUUAUUAAAAAUCAGUUCAAUAUUUCAACUUCUCAAAAAAAUCUAAAUCAAAAUAAUAAAAAAAAACUACGCUUUUCAAAAACAAAAAAAACAAGAAACAUGAAAACAUUUGGAACACGUGUCUUUAGCUUUACACCAGCGCAACAUUCUAAUAGUAAAAAAAAAAUGAAGAAAUUAGGUCAUUACACAAAAUUAAGAAGAAAACAUGACUUUCAAACAACUGUGAAUAUUUCCAAAAAGAGAAAAAACAAAAACACAUUAUUCUCUCGCCUCUCAUUGAAAAAAAGUCCGGUUAUUGAUCGAAAAAAGUUGACCAAAAAAAAAUACUCAAAAAAGAAACGCAUUUUAUCUAUACGGAAUAAUUUUAACAAUAUAACUUUUGAUUCACCGAUUAAAAAAGGAGUAUUGUCGGAUAACUUAAUGUCCGAGCCAAAUAUUAAUGUUAUUAUUGAUAUUUCGGGAAUUAAAGAUAAAUUUGCGCAGAAUCCAAAUAGUUAUGGAAUAUCGAUUAAAACUAAUUGUCCAAAUAGAUACUGUAAUAAGCAUCCUAAUAUAAAUUAUUUCCAUGAAGUAAAAGACUCACGUAAGUUUGAACCUAUAAAAUUGUCUAAAAAGAAGAUUUUAUAUCCUAAUAACGAGUUGGAGAAAAAAUAUUUUAAAAACCUGCUUUUUAAAUACGCAAAAAAUUCAAGUGGCAGACAUAAAGUUGAACAUUUUGUACCAUUCACAAUUAGUUUAAAAAGUUCAAACGAUAGCCAAAAGUUGGGUCCAAAUGUUCAAAUGCAUAAAAAAGUAUUGACAGUAGAUAAAACUAAUACAGAAAACAAGUUUAAAAAAAUGAAUACUGUUGAUAUGAAAUUAAGAUUAACGCACGUGAAAAAUGUUGCUAAAGAUGAAAGUGAUUUUAAAAAUCUUAUGAACAAAAUACAAAAAGACAUUGUUAACGCAAAUAAUGUGAUUCUGAAAAGUAAAAAUUGAAAGAAGUACAUUAAAACUGAAAUCAAAAGCUAAUAUUAAAUAAUUUAAAAAAAUAAAUAAAAAAAUAAAAAGCAUGAAAUAUUUACUUCUAGAAUUAUUUUAUGGAACUAUUUUUGUAAUAAGUAAUAUUUAAAAU